CAACGACCUGUAAACACGCUGCUUCAGAGCCCGCGUGUGAGAAGACGGAAGUCGAGCCGUACAAAUCCUUCUACUUGUUUUUUUCCGCUUGCAAACAUCGUAAGCCCACCAUGGGAGGUGGAAAGAAAGGCGGAGGUGGAGGAGGCGGUGGAGCCAAGGGUGGAAAGGGAGGUAAAGGAGGAGGGGGAGGAGAUGAAGCAAGUGGAGGCGGCAAGGACAAGAAGGGAGGGACGUCGAUUAAGGUACGACACAUCCUGUGUGAGAAGCAGAGCAAGUCAUUAGAAGCCCUUGAAAAACUCAAAUCAGGCAUGAAGUUUAAUGAAGUUGCUGCCCAGUAUUCAGAAGACAAGGCUCGGAGUGGGGGUGACCUUGGCUGGAUGACCAGAGGCUCAAUGGUUGGACCCUUUCAAGAUGCAGCCUUUGCUCUGCCUAUUUCAUCUCUAGCAAAUGCAGUUUACACAGAUCCACCUGUGAAGACUAAAUUUGGCUACCACAUUAUUAUGGUUGAGGGCAAGAAGUGAUAGAAGUAUUGGUAUUUUUUUUUUUUUUUUUUAUUUCAUUUCUUUCAAUAUGCAUGUUAGUUCCAUGCAUUUUCCCUGAUGAAACUGUAUCCUGAUUUGGAAGACAAAGGAAGAGGAAUGGUGAUAAUAAACAUAAUCAGUUAA